AUGAACACGCCAGGAACAAGCAAUUUUCAUCCAAUUCCAUGUAAAAAUUUCUAUGGUGUGUAUACCGAGGCAGAACUGGGAGGGGACGAGACUGACCUUGGAAGCAAUGUAGAUCCGGAAGAAGAGAUUAGAGAUGAUGGCGAAAAAGAUACCGAUAUUGAGCAGAGUGAUGAUGAAAACGGGGAUGAUCCUGCAAGUGAUCUACUUCUGAAGACGACAUUCCAUUGCUCUAUCGAGGAUCUUAUAACGGCAAAGACAAAACUAAGUGGAAGAAGGCAGAGCCAACACAGUCAAUUCGGACGAGACGUCAAAAUAUGGUUACACAUUUACCAGGUACCAAAGGCGCUGCUAGACAAGCUGAUACGCCACUGA